GCAGGCGCACGAAUGCUGACGUAGGACGGGAUGCUGCGAGAAAUGAUUGCGCACGCGCUGUUGCUGCCCUGCGUUGGGAGGCUACGGGUGCGAUUGCUGCGCAUGCGCAGCCCGGAGGCGGCUGGCGCGGUGCAGAGGGGCAGCAAGUUCCAGCUUGGCACGGCAGGACAGGCUGUUGAGUCUCACGUUGCUCUGCUGGCGCUGCGGUUAAUGUCUGGGUUCUGAACCUCGCGCCCGGCCCGGCCCCUCCCGGGACCCCAACCUCAUUUAAUGUACAGGAUGAGUGGUGCUCAUUGAAUAGUAUUUAAGUCAAGUUGGCUUGAAAAAGUAGUGGAAAGAAGAUGUUUCAUGUUGUUCAGUAUCAGUGUCUAAAAUUAACCCAGAACAUUGGUUCUAGUGUACAUCGAAAGUUGAUUUUUCCAAGAACUCUUGCACUUGCACAACUGUGGAAGUCAUGGCUCUCAACUCUCUCUCUUGUUGGAGACCAGAAUAUUGUCCUGAUGGGACCUCCAGGAGCUGGGAAAACAACAGUUGGGAGAAUAGUAGGUCACAAACUUGGCUGUCGUGUCAUAGAUGUGGAUGAUGAUGUCCUUGAAACAACCUGGAAUAUGAGCGUGACAGAAAAAUUGCAGGAUGUUGGUAGUCGGCAAUUUAUAGAAGAGGAAGGAAAAGCCCUGUUAAAGUUUUCAGCAUCUGGAAGUGUAAUUUCCCUUUCUGGGUCCAAUCCAAUGCAUGCUGCCAGUAUGCAGCAUGUGAAGAAAAAUGGGAUUGUUGUAUAUUUGGAUGUACCCACAAGAGACAUAAUAGAUAGGCUGGAAUUAAUGAAAGUGGAUCGUAUUGUGGGGCAGGAUUCUGGAAUUUCUGUGAGAGAUAUACUUCAGUUUAGGAAGCAAUUUUAUAAAAAAUGGUUUGAUAUCCGUGUUCGUUGUGAAGGUGGACUUACAGCAGAGGCUGUAGCAGAUAAAGUACUUGAUGCAGUUAAGAGAUAUCAAGACUCAGAAUCAGAAACUUUUAUUUCAACCAGAUAUAUAAGGUCUGAAAUGUGUGAGCAAAAAUAUUUCACUGAAGCUGUUGUUGAGGGCCUAGCAUCUGAUGGUGGACUCUUUGUUCCUGAGAAGGGGCUCCCAACAUUCUCUGCUGGAGAAUGGCAGAGCUUAGUAGAAGCAACAUACAUUGAAAGAGCUCAGAUUAUAUUGGAAAGAUGCAUACAUCCUGCUGAUAUACCUGCUUUCAAGCUGGGAGAAAUUGUUGAGAUUGCUUAUGGAGAAAACUUUACUUGUUCUAAAAUUGCCCCUCUUAGGUAUCUGACAGGCAACCAGUUUCUCCUUGAGUUGUUUCAUGGACCAACAGCCUCAUUUAAGGAUAUGGCAUUACAGUUGAUGCCUCAUCUAUUUGCAUACUGUAUUCCCAAAAGAUGCAAUUAUUUGGUCCUAGUAGCUACUUCUGGAGACACAGGGAGUGCUGUCCUAGAUGGUUUUAGUCGUCUUAGUGAUACUGACAAGCAAAGAAUUGCUGUGGUCACUUUCUUUCCUGAGGAUGGAGUAAGCCAGAUUCAAAAAUCACAAAUGAUUGGCUGCCAAAGAGAAAAUGGGUGGUCAGUGGGUGUCAAAUCUGAUUUUGAUUUUUGCCAGACAGCUAUAAAAGAAAUAUUUACCAAUUCUGAUUAUUCUGGCUUUCUUACUGUAGAAUAUGGAACAGCUUUAAGUGCAGCAAAUUCUAUAAACUGGGCUCGACUACUUCCCCAAGUUAUUUAUCAUGCCUCUGCCUACCUUGACCUUGUUCAUCAAGAUAUUAUUACUUUUGGAAGCCCAAUCGAUGUGUGUAUUCCUACAGGAAACUUUGGCAACAUAUUAGCUGCAUUAUAUGCAAAAAGGAUGGGAAUCCCUAUCAGAAAAUGUAUUUGUGCAUCUAAUGAAAAUAAUGUUUUGACCGAUUUCAUAAGAACAGGUCUUUAUGAUUUAAGGGGAAGAAGAUUAAUGCAGACUUCAUCACCAGCAAUAGAUAUUUUGAAGUCUUCCAACCUUGAACGACAUUUGCACCUGAUUGCUAGUGGUGAUGGACAGCUGGUGACACAAUUAUUUAGUGAGCUGGAAAAGCAAUGUCACUUUCAGUUGCAGAAAGAUCUGCUUGAGAAGCUUCAGCAAGACUUGGUGGCUGGGUGGUGCUCUGAGGAGGACUGCCUAGCUGCUAUCCACUCUGUAUACAGUACUACAGGGUAUAUUUUGGACACACACACGGCUGUUGCUAAAGUAGUUGCAGAUCGAUUACAGGAUAGAACAUGCCCAGUUAUCAUUUCAUCUACAGCUCAUUAUUCCAAGUUUGCACCUGCUAUCUUGCGGGCUUUGAGGAUUGCAGAAAUAAAACAGAAUCCAUUAAGUCAGCUUCACUUACUGAGUUCUUACAGUCCUUUGCCUCCAGUCCAUAGGGGCCUGUUAGAGACAUUGAAAGAAAAUGAGAAGCAGAAACAUCAGAUCUGUGCUGCUGAUGUGAAUGUCAUGAUGGCACAUAUAGAAACUGUAAUACAAAACCAGUUUAUGAAAGUUUUCUAAGUAAACUCAGUUGGUGUUUGUUAUACCAAUUUAAAUAUUUUCUUCACUAAAAAGUCAUGUUUUAAUAAAUGAAUAGUACACAAGGUCUUUGGUAAGUUUAUAUUCUGAGUAUACUUUCUCAUUUUCAUGUUCAGAUAAAACAUUUCAGCAUUGAUUUUAAAAAUUUUUGCAUGCAUGUGAGAAUUCUAAUGCUGGUGAACGGUUCUUGCUUGAAAGCCCAAGAGACUGAGGGGCUAUUUUACAGAAAUAGUAUAGUAUGGACAGCAGUAGCGCACGCUUCCUCACAUAACCCUGGCAGUGUGCCUCAAUCCUGGCCUGGGAGCAAGCACUUCUAAAGUGAAAGGGUAAUUGUAUCUGAAACUGCUAACAAGUGCUACAGUUAUAUUGUUGUAUAUGUGGUAUGUGCUGUGAAUACUUGUCCACUGGGAAUUUAGCUAAACAUUAAACUAAUCUCACGCAGGGCAUUGAAAAGCCGGUGUAGUAACAGCUUUCAUCUCUUCAGCUGGGAUACAUUUAAACUGGAAUCCUUGAAAUUAAAUUACCUAUAUCAUUGUAUCCAUACAAUCCUACAUAUUUUAACAUGCUCUCUCUGUAUAUAUUGUUUUUGUAUUGACUAUAUAAUCAUGUAUUCUUGUUCACUGUUAAACAUUUUUUUUUCUUGCCAUAGGGGACAGUCUUUUGCCUUAUAAAAUAAAAGCCUCCAGUCUGUAUGUUUUAUUAUCA